AAGGGGCACGUCGAUGCAUAUACUGGCAACAGGUGGUGCUCGAUCCCGCGAGAUCUAUGAAGAUGAACUACCCAUCGAUCUCAGUCGUCGAUGCAGUCAUUACGACGACUGCACCAGCUAUGGAAACAAUUGACGCCGUGGCUUUGGCUUCUCUGGCCGCUGUUUUUCUCGGUGCGCUUCUCGUUCUCCUUGUUAUUUGCAAGAAGCAGCGCUGCUACUACAACCAAAAAUACUCCCAAGAUAUGAGCUCCGAUUUAUUAGAGGGGGAUAAUUUAGGUCUUGGCUUACAUGCUUGGGAAACUGAUGAAUGGCUUGCUGGUGCUGAAAGAUGGGUGGAUGAUGCAACUGGACUUGCACCACCAUGCAUAGCUAUACUGAGAUACUGCCAUUCAUUAGCAAGAAGGAUUUCUACAACUAUUGAAUCUCUUAACAGCAGCAGCACACUGCCAUUAGAAAUAAUUGAUAUUGCAAGGUGCAUACCACAGAAAGCUGAUGAUGUAGUUCUUAGUUUAUAUCCACCAAUAGACGCAAGACUUCUUGAAGCAAGAGUUGUAGCACUUGUUCUUACUGUUACACAUUUAGGUUUAGUCACUAAACAUGGAGUUUCAAAAAGCCAAGCCAAAAAGUUAGCUUUUAUAGAUCAAGCCAUUAAUGAUACGGAUCAUUAUAUUAGAAACUACUUGCUUAUAUUGAGAAAUGCAGCCCUUGCCCAGGAAGCUGCUUGCUCUAUACCAGCUUCCACAACAGUGUGAUAGAUUCUUUUAAAAUUAUUUUUUUAUAAAGUAUUAAAUAUAAAAUCAUUUAAACUAAUUUAUUACUG